AAUAAAAAACGUCCAUCUGUGACUUAAAACUGUUAAAUCAGUAGGGUUUUAGCAAAAGCAUAGGGAGAAGAAAAUGGCAACACAUUGCAAAUUCUGGCUCCCCAAGAAGAGGAGAUUUUGUGCUAAUUCCCCUCUCCUCGAUUCUCCAUUCUGCGGCAACCACACGCAGAGAUCCGACGCUCAGUGGAUUCCAUGCCCAAUCGAUCCUUCUCACUCCGUGCUUGAGGAAAAUCUCGAGACUCACUUAAACCGAUGCCCGUUGCUGACACAAACGCAAUCCCUCUCUCGCCAACCCUUCUAUCAAAAGGGGAUUAAUGCCGGAUCAGACGAUGAUGAAGAGAAAUCGAAAUCUGAUUCGAGUUUCACAUCGGAGAUGAAAAGGAAUGCCGUCUAUUCAAUGGCUGUGCCCUAUUUUUUGGAUUUGAUUGCUAAAAUCAAGUCCGUACAUGCAUCAGUAUGCAGCACCAUUCCUGAUUCCUACAGGAUUCCUGAAGCUUGUAGCAUUUGGACUAACAGAGAAGUUGACAAGAAACUCCCUUAUAAGGAGAAACAUGUGCUGCAACAGGCAUCAAUUCUUGGGAAUUUAGAAAAUUUUGGGGUGUUGAAGGAGACUUGCUUGAUUUCUGGUGAAAUAAAUGAGGAGAAGGAUUGUAAGAAAGAGUUUGAGAGGGAGAGGGAUAGUGAUGUUCCUGCUGUGGUCGAGUUUGGUGCCGGAAGGGGGUAUUUGACACAAGUUCUAGCGGAUUGUUAUGGGAUCAAGAAGGUGUUGUUGGUGGAACGGAAGUCGUAUAAGUUGAAAGCUGAUCGGAGUUUGCGACAGAAAGAGAGUUUAGUGUUAGAGAGGUUGAGAAUCGACAUUGAGGAUCUAGAUUUGAAUGGCGUAGAAUCAUUAAAAGGAGUUGGCUACAUUGCAAUCGGCAAACAUCUUUGUGGGCCUGCAACAGAUAUGACCUUAAGAUGUUGCAUUCGCCAACAUUCAGAAGAAAACGGAGCUUUUGAGUCCCAAGCAAGUUACCUAAGAGGUGUAGCUAUUGCUACAUGUUGCCAUCAUCUUUGCCAGUGGAAAAGCUACAUCAGUAAGAAAUACAUAUCAGAUAUGGGCUUCACCAAGGAUGAUUUUCAUGCGAUUACAUGGUUUACCAGCUGGGCUGUGGAUGCAGAUCAUGGCUCGGAUUUUGCUGUCAUAGAUUUCUCUACUCAACUUGAGAUCAUGACUGAAAAGAAAGAUUUCUUGCUCGACUCAAAAUCAUGCAAAGUCGAGGAUAUAGUGAAAAAUAUGCAGGCAAUUGAUCGCGCAGUGCUGGGCUACAUGUGCAAGGAUAUCAUCGAUGCUGCAAGACUUAUGUGGGUGAAGGAGCAAGGUCUAAAAUGCGAGCUUGUGAAGUAUGUCCCCAUCACCAUUUCUCCUGAAAACCGCGUCUUGAUGGCUAAGUAGAGUAUCUAUACAUCGCUUUGGUGUUGACCGCUUAUUGUCUGAUUAUAAAGCGGCUUCACUCUGCCUAUUCCAUCAAUGUUCUUUCACUGGCUCAUUUAGAAGAUAGAGUAACUAUCAAACAGGCUAAUUGUUGUGCAUUAAUCAUUAUCUUGCCCGAAAACACGAAUCUCCAGAAAGCAGAAAGAGACGUACGGAGUAUAAAUUAUCCAUUUCAUACCCCUGCAA